GUGUUUGGUUUUCCUGCAGUGAUGAAACGGAGGAAGUUCCAGCGCGAGAUCUUUAUGAAACACGACAAAUGUGUUUGAAUGAAUGUAACGCGGGUAAGAGUCACGGAAACGAAAUGUUGGGCAGAACGUGCGUGAACAAAUCCCUUGACACAUGAUUCAUUCCGAGAGCGUUCCCCAAGUUUUGAAACUUUUCCUGGUUCGCCGUGGGCUACACGCAUGCCCCUUCUAAACCAAGUCAUGGAUGUUUCCCCGGUUGAUCAAUCUCAUUGUGUUUAAAUAGAGCACACGAACACAACAUUCAUGACACUUCUAGCUACAACAAACACGAUGAAGUCUCAGCGUCUCAUUCUCGCGGUCCACUGCUGUCUCGCGCUCGUGUAUGCCGCGCCGCUUCCAGAACGUGACGCGCUGACGCGUGCGGCGGAGCUCGGCGUGAGUUUGGCGAAGAAGAUUCUGGACGACAUUCCGCGCGUGCACGACGCAUGCGUCAAAACAACGGGUUUGACCCUUGAACUCUCCGCUGAAGCACAUAACCUGGAGUAUUUAUUAAGCGAGAUUGGGAUUCCUGCAGCUCCGCUCCUCAAGACGAUCUCAGAGGAUCACAGUCUGGCCGAGAGCUUGAGUCGGAUGCUGGAGGGUUUAGAUCUUCAUCGGGACCUUCUGCAGAACCUCUCGGACGUCUUGAGCUCCACUGAAACACUCAAGCUUCUGUUAGCGGAUAUCAGAGAUCUGUCCGCUCAGGUCCAACAGAUGCAGCAGCUGGCUCAGAUUCCCAUGACGCCAUCCCAGAGGAAUAUUCCCCACGUCUCUUCCCGUCUCAGCAGUGAUUAUAAAGUGCAGGUGGCGGCUCAUCUGUCACUGCAGCAGCUGCGCAGGUUUACGCAGGACGUCUUCCGCUGUCUGCGUCACAUCGCCGUCUCCUGAGCCAAUCACACAAAAUCACCCGGACAAGUGCGGCUCGACCUGAUUUUGCCAAGCGGUUGAUAUUUUGGUGACCUAAGGACAACAAUUUUAUAAAUAAAACCUAAACCUAAACCCACACCAAGGCCCAACCCCAACCAUAACUGACCCCUGAAAUCAGAGGGAAAUGAGAAGUGAAAAACAACGGUCUAGAAGCACCUAAUCCUGGUUGGAAGAUUAAACUUCAAAUGAACUGUAAACCUGUUUCUGAAACCUGAUUGGUUGAUUUAAAUGUUGUCCCAGGGUCAACAGGAUGUUGCCCUAACGACAUCAACCACUUGGCAAAAUCAGGAGAGCCGACAAGUGCGUGUCACAUCCGUGUGUAACUGUGUUGUCCGUCACCUUUAACAGUGUAAGAUCAAGCACGUCUCCUCAUUGUCAUUGUCAAUGUAAAUAUUUAUUUAUUUAUUUAUUUAAUUAAUUUAUGCGACAACAAAAGCUUAGUGUGUUAACGAAGAUGUGGCUUUAAGAAUGUCUUGAUUGUGAUGAUGUGUCUUAAACACCAUUGAUUCUCAAUACUGAAGAAUACUGUCAAGUUAAUAAACUGUGAAAUGUCUCAUUUCCGAAAACGGACGUCUCCUCU